GGCACCCCGUCACGGCCAUAGAGCCGAGCCUCCGGGCGCGCAGAGCGGCCACCCGGGCGUUCAGAGCCGGCGGCCGUGGCCAUAGAUAGGCGGAAGAGUGGGUAGAGCGUCCCGCUGGGUAGCACUAUGGCCUCCCGCGGGGGUCCCCGCGCCACCGGCACCGACGGCAGCGACUUCCAACACCGGGAGCGCGUGGCCUCGCACUACCAGAUGAGUGUGGCCCUCAAGUCGGAGAUCAAGAAGCUGAUCUACACGCAUGUGGGCAUCUGGCUGCUGCUGCUGGCCCAGAUGUGCGUGGGGCACCUCAAGCUGCUGCCCCACGACCAGGUGGCCAUGCCCUACCAGUGGGAGUACCCCUACCUGCUCAGCAUCCUGCCCUCCCUCCUGGGCCUCCUCUCCUUCCCCCGCAACAACAUCAGCUACCUGGUGCUCUCCAUGAUCAGCACCGGCCUCUUCUCUGUGGCUCCCCUCAUUUAUGGGGCCAUGGAGAUGUUCCCCAUGGCGCAGCAGCUCUAUCGUCACGGCAAAGCUUACCGCUUCAUCUUUGGUUUCUCUGCUGUCUCUGUCAUGUACCUGGUGGUGGUGGUUGCCGCCCAGGUGCACGGCUGGCAGCUCUACUACAGCAAGAAGCUGCUGGACUCCUGGUUCACCAGCACGCAAGAGAAGAAGAAGAAAUGAGCGGGGACGGGUGGGGUCUGCGAGGGCUGGAGCUCCGUAGCCGGGCCCCGUGGGGCGGCGCUGGCGCAGCUCCGGUGGGUGGGUGGGUGGGGGUCCACGGGGACCAACCUGUGUGUCUGAGCCACGCCAUGGCUCUGGG